GAGCUCACUAUUUUUGCAUGUAAUUCAGUUAAUUUGAGUGUUUUGACCGGAGCCGAAAGCAGUAACGUUUUUGUCGACCCGAUGUUAGAAAGACCACCAAAAGAACUGGCUUUGGUAGAGACGGUGAAAAGCAUGUAGACCUUAGUUUAGACGCUGGCCAGUCGUUUUAUAGCUUAGCUUUAUUUUCCGUCGAUAUGUACUUCCGGGCGAAUGUUACAUACCUUGAAAUUCCGACAUCUUGUUUCUGAGUUAUACAUCGCACAAAGCAAAAUUUAUUUGGCAACCAUUUCUCAACUGCGUUACUAAAGUGUUUUUUCAUUUAACAUCUAAAAACUGGUACUUGCCGGAAAAGUUAAGGAAGGUCGACAACACCACCUCAACUUUCUUGAAUCAGUUAUAAGAUUUUUUAAGUCGGUGAAAUUUCAUUUAACAUAUAAACUUUACCGUAAUUCUUCAGCUGCGUCGUUAAAAUUGUUUCGGACUUGUUAGUUAUCUCAUAUUCUUGUCAAUUUGCAGUUGAACUUGAAUGAGUAAAUUCUUCAGAAAAUUGUAUUCAUCUCUGCAAAGUGAUGGAACGUUGCAUAAAGUUUUUCAAGAUUAUCAACAUGUCACUGUUCGUGGAGGUAGCGGCGGGUCUGGAGCUUCUUUGUUUCUAUCUUUAUAUCGAAAAGAGUUCGCUGGCCCUAGUGGAGGAGAUGGUGGAAAUGGAGGACAUGUAAUUUUUGAAGCAUCGCCUGAUGUCAAAUCGCUCAUUGAUGUAAAGAAAACUGUAAUAGGCUUAUCGGGUUCAAGUGGUCGUCACGGAAAGGGAGGAGCGCAGGACGGUGCCAAUGCAAAACACUUGUUUGUUCACGUUCCGCUCGGUACAAUCAUCAAAGAGAACGGGAGUCAAUUGAUUGAUUUGAAAGAGAAAGGAAGCAGAUACAUUGCUGCUCGAGGAGGAUACGGGGGUCUUGGAAACAGGACUUUUGCAACCAGUGAGGAAACAGCUCCGACUAAAUCUUCGAAAGGAAGUCCCGGAGAAUGUCGUUACUUAGAACUAGAACUUAGCAUUGUAGCCGACAUUGGUCUCGUCGGAUUCCCGAAUGCUGGGAAAAGUUCACUGUUGAGGUGUAUUAGUAAAGCGACUCCACUGGUUGCUAACUACCCCUUUACUACACUGAACCCUCACGUGGGCGUCGUGGACUACCGGGAUUCUUUCCGCUUAGCUGUGGCAGAUAUUCCUGGAAUAAUCAAAGGUGCCCAUUUGAACAAGGGACUUGGAUUGUCUUUCUUGAAGCAUAUCAGAAGAUGCUCAUCAUUAGUGUAUGUCCUGGAUGUUUCGGUUCCCACCUAUUUGAAGCAGCUGCAAUAUUUGAAGUUUGAAUUGAAUCAAUACCAACCGGGAUUAGCAGAGGUUCCUAAUUUAGUCGUGGCUAAUAAAAUUGACACUGAAGGUGGCUCCGUGAACUUUCGUGCUUUGACCAAGAAAUUGCCUUCUGAAAGUGUGGUUGGAAUUUCAGCUUUGUAUAAUUUAAACACUGAUUUGUUACGCGAGAAGCUUCGUAAGCUACAUGAACGUAACAGAUAGUUUUUGA